AAACCAGCGUGGCUGCCUGAAGUCUCGUCAGCGGAACGUAGCGAUGGAAGACGGUCGGCAGCCGCGUGCGGCGGGCCAAGCUCGCCCGCUACCGGCGGUCAGCCGCCCGCCCGGCUUUCCCUGGGGCCCGGAAGGGCCUGCCCCCUUGGGGCGGUGAAACGCUGUUCCUCGCGGACGGCCUCCUGUCAGUCACGGAUGGCCCCGCCCAGGGGCUUCCCUUCGCCCACCGCUUCAGAGUUCCUUUUAAAUACAGUACGACAGUGCAUUGCUUACGUGUUCUUCCCCACGCCCUCGAGAGGCCUUCCUUAGUCCUCUGAUUGGUCGAGGUUCCUGUCAGUCAUCCGUGACUCGAGGUCGCCGGCCAUGGCCCCGCCUUCUUCCGAGAGCUCUGAAAACAAUUUUAAGAUGGCGGCGGCGGCAGCGCGGAAAACAAUGGGGCUGCGGCGGAGGGGACAGGCCGAGGCCUGAGGUGGUUAGCGAGCGCCGGCCCGACUCGGGCCGAGCGGGGCAGGAAGAAGACCGGCCGGCGCGCGCGACCCCGCCCCGCAGCGCGCGGGAGCAUGGCGCGGCCGUAAGGCGGGCCGGGCCGCCGGGGAGAGGGAGCCUUCCGUGUCCGCCGGCCCCGAGAGGCCCGGCCUCCGGCCCGGCCCGUGCUGCCCGCGGCCCAUGGUGCUGCCCACCUGCCCCAUGGCGGAGUUCGCGCUGCCGCGGCACAGCGCCGUCAUGGAGCGCCUCCGCCGGCGCAUCGAGCUGUGCCGGCGCCACCACAGCACCUGCGAGGCCCGCUACGAAGCCGUGUCACCCGAGCGCCUGGAGCUGGAGCGCCAGCACACCUUCGCCCUGCACCAACGCUGCAUCCAGGCCAAGGCCAAGCGCGCCGGCAAGCACCGGCAGCCACCCGCCGCCGCGCCGGCGCCAGCCCCGGCCCCGCGCCUGGACGCCGCCGACGGCCCGGAGCACGGCCGCCCGGCCACGCUUCUUCAUGAUACAGUGAAAAGGAAUCUUGACAAUACCACCUCCCCUCAGAAUGGCGAGCAACAGAACGGCUAUGGAGACCUCUUUCCUGGACAUAAGAAGACACGGCGUGAGGCCCCUCUGGGGGUGACCCUGUCUGCUAACGGACUGCCUCCUGCCUCGCCCCUCGGUCCACCCCCUGACAAGCCCUCUGCUGGAGAGGCCUUACAGUCCACUGGGAAGCACUCCCUGGGGCUUGAUGCCAUCCACAAAAAGUGUCUGGCUGACCCUGGCCUCCACCUGAAUGGAUGUGGUAACGCUGGUGAGGCCUUUGCUCUGAGCCUGAGCAAGGAGCUGAAGCAGGAGCCUGUGGACGACCUGCCUUGCAUGAUCGCUGGGGCUGGAGGCUCCAUCUCACAGAGCAAUCUCAUGCCAGACCUCAACCUCAACGAACAGGAGUGGAAGGAGCUCAUCGAGGAGCUGAACAGGUCCGUGCCUGACGAAGACAUGAAGGACCUGUUUACUGAGGACUUCGAAGAGAAAAAGGACCCGGAGCCGUCUAGUGCUUCCACACAAACCCCCUUGUCCCAAGACAUUAACAUUAAGACAGAAUUCUCUCCGGCAGCCUUUGAGCAGGAACAAGUAGGCUCUCCCCAGGUGAGGGCCGGGUCUUCAGGACAGACCUUCCUGGGGCCUUCAUCUGCAUCUGUGAGCACAGAGCCCCCCAGCAUUGGGGGCUCUCAGACCUUGUUUCACAACUCUGGUCAGCCUGCGGCGGGCACCCCCAGUCCGAACCUGAUGCCGGCGUCAGCCCAGGCCCAGAGUGCGCCGAGAGCCCUCGCAGGGGGGGUGCUGUCUGGCCAGGGCCCAGGAGGGGCACCUGAGCUGUCCUCCACCCACCAGCUCCAACAGAUUGCUGCCAAGCAGAAGCGUGAGCAGGUGCUCCAAAACCCAGCACAGGCUGCCCCAGCCCCAGGCCAGAUGCCUGCAUGGCAGCAGACAGGGCCCUCCCACAGCCCUUUGGAUGUCCCUUAUCCCGUGGAGAAGCCUGCCAGCCCUGCUGGCUACAAGCAGGACUUCCCCAGCUCCCAGCUGCUCAUGAUGCCUGGAGUAAGCAAGAGCUCCCCUCGGCCCGGAGUCCCCUUCCUCCAGCCUGGCCACUCGAACCUGCUGAGUCACCAGCCGCCAACUAACUUGGGUCAGAACUCCGUGAAUAGCCAAGGAUCGGUGCUGGACUAUGGCAAUACCAAACCCCUGUCUCAUUACAAAGCAGACUGUGGGCAAAGUGGCCCCGGGUCUAGCCAGAGCAAGCCAGCCCUGAUGGCUUAUCUUCCCCAGCAGCUGCCUCAUCUGAAUAAUGAGCAAAACCCCUUAUUUCUAAUGAAACCAAAGCCAGGAAAUAUACCCUUCCGGUCACUGGUUCCACCUGGCCAGGAGCAGAAUCCUGCCAGUGUCUCUGUGCCAGCUCAGGCCACUGGUGUCGGGACCCAGCCACCUGCUGUGUCCAUAGCCACCACGCACAACAGCGCCUCAUAUCUCAGCAGCCAGCAGCAAGCAGCUGUCAUGAAGCAGCAUCAGCUGCUUUUAGAUCAGCAGAAGCAGAGGGAGCAGCAGCAGAAGCAUUUGCAGCAGCAGCAGCACCAGCAGCAGCAGCAGCAGCACCAGCAACAGUUCCUGCAGAGGCAGCAGCAGCAGCAGCUCCUGGCAGAGCAGGAGAAGCAGCAGUAUCAGCGCCAUCUGACCCGCCCACCCCCCCAGUACCAGGACCCAACGCAAAGCUCCUUCCCACCGCAGGUCGGACAGUUCACAGGACCUGCAGCCACUAUGUCUGGCAUGAACAACCUGGGUCCAUCCAGCACCAGCUGUCCUCGAGUGUUCCCUCAGGCUGGGAACCUGAUGUCAAUGGGCCCUGGACACACCUCAGUUUCCUCGCUCCCCUCAAAUUCAGGCCCACAAGACCGGGGCGUGGCCCAGUUCCCCAGUCCCCAGGGCCUGCCUCAGAGCAGCCUCUAUGGCCUGGCCUCGGGCCUGACCCAGAUGGCUGCGCCGCCCCCGCCGCAGGCCACCAAUGGACAUGCGCACAUGCCCAGGCCGCUGGGUGGGGGCCAGGGCGCCACAGCGCCAACUGCCUAUGGACAGAACUCCCUGUCCCAGCAGCACAAGGGAACUCUGACCUCUGGCCUGAGCAAGCCACCUGUCCCCAGGGUGUCUGCAGCCGUUGGAGCCCAGAGCGCCUCAUGGCAACAUCAGGGAAUGCCCAGCCUGAACAGCCAGGCACCAAGCAGCGGCAGCGCAAGUCCCUUCACAGCUGCCUCCUCCUUCCACAUGCAACAGGCGCACCUGAAGAUGUCCAGCCCGCAGUUCUCCCCAGUGAUGCCCAGCCGGCCCAUGGCUCCCCUGAGCACAGCUGCUACAGCAGGGGCCAUGCUGCCCCCGGGGAGCACACAACAGAGGACCAGUGCCCCUGCCCCUGUGCCUCCCUCGCCAGCCCCGCAGCCGGCCUUGUCUGGCUUGAGCCCCUCGGGGCCGGAGCUGGGGGCCUUCAGCCAAUGCCCCACCUCACAGAUGGGCAACCGUGCAGGGCUACAUUGUGCCCAGGGCUACCCUGUGCGGACCGCAGGCCAGGAGCUGCCCUUCGCCUACAGUGGACAGCCAGGUGGCAGCGGGCUGGCCAACGUAGCCGGACACAAUGACCUGAUCGACUCCCUGCUGAAGAACAGGACUUCUGAGGAGUGGAUAAAUGAGUUGGAUGACUUUUUAGGUUCUCAGUAGUGGAGGGUUUGUGGCAGCCUCCCUACUCAACUGUCCUUUCCUGUUCUCAGAUUCAAGAAAGAAUAACUACUUUGGACCAAAAGCCUGUGGCCCAGGCAGCUGGGCAAGCAGAACCCAGGCUGCCACUCUAGCCCGGCUGGUCCGGGUCUGGGGGACUCCUGGGCCAGCAGGUUCAGUCCAUUGGGCUGGCCCAGGCCCUGGACCGUGUGCUGGUGUCACCAUCUGGUAUUGGGACUGCAGAACAGGAUUCUGACCUGGUCCCUCACCCAGCUGACCAAACACCCAGCAGGAGCAGUGGGAAGGCCCAUGGUGUCAGGCUGUGGACACCUGUGCCACCAGCAGACUCCCCAGGUUUUUGUUGAAACUUUAAAUAGUGGAAUUAUUUGUAAUUUGUAGCAUAGAAAAAAGUUUUUUUUUAAAUUUUACACAGAUUAGCAUAGGUGAUGGUUUAAAGUGACUAAGUGGCAUUGGAACCUCAAGUUUCCUCCCAGUGAAGAGCCUUUGUCUUCCUGUUCUGGGGGCACUCAGGGGAGGAGGAUGGCCGGAAAGUUGUUCCUGUUAGUACAGAUGCCAAAAGGACAGGAAGCUGGGAGGCUGCGGGUCUGUGACCCGGACAGGGUCAUUCUGGCAGGCCUUCCUGCUCCCGGAGGAUGCUCUUCCCCAGUGUCCCUCUGGAACACGCCAAAACCCAGGCUGCAGGUGGAGAUUUGGGGUCCGGUGUUGUCCUCUGUUGGGGCUCCUGCCUUCUGCAGCUUCUCCGCUGGCUUGUGUUGAUAGGCCGGAGUGGAAGGAAGUUGUGCACACACUCUGUCCUCAGCCCAUCCUGGGUUCCUCCCUCCCGCCCCAGUGGGAAGCAGCCAUGUAGUGCAUCCAAGGGAGGAAGGGCAGGUGGUAAAAUUCCCUGGAACCGUCUCAUGGUCAGGGUUUGGGGGGAGGCUGCAGGCAGCCCAGGGGAGGGGAUUCUACUUGUUUGCCAACUUCUCCUCCCACUGUAGAGGACUUGCACUUUUAAAGAUUGCUUUAUAACACUAACACAUCCUCUCUGAAGAUCCCGCAGGCCUCCUUGAAGGUCUCUCAAUGAGCUUCGCUCCGUGGUGGGGGCUGUCUGUGGGAUGACAGCCUGCGCCACAUGGAAGCGAGGUGGGCAGUGGGGACAGUGCAGGGGAGGAGCCCCCUGGAGAGAGCCUGUCCACCUCCCUGAGCCACCUAGUGGAUCAUUCUGGAGCUCGCGACGGCCUGGGUCACUUUGGCCAUUAGUUUGCACCAGCAGUGCCUUUUUUUGCCAAGGCUCCUUGGACCCUCAGAUUCUUGUUUCAGAGCCAUUUGCCACCACCAGUGACGCAUGGCCACCUCCCCUUAUCCUCAGCCCAGCUCUCAAAGGCAGAGGAGACUUCCCCAUCAGAGUAGGUGCCCUGGCUCGGGCAGAGGGUGACUUCUGCAGGUUUCUUCCAGAAGCCAGGCCCAGGCCAGCUCUGGACCUUCAUCCUCUCCCAUGUCCCAGACCACCAUCCCGCCUCUGUGCAGGGCACUCACCACCCAAGUCCAGGCUGCCCAGGGAGGCAGACAGCAGGCUUCUCCCUCGCUGCAGUGUCAUAGCAAUAAAAUGUGAUUCUCCGUCCUGUCCCCCCGGGAGCUGCCGCUGCCGCUUUAUUUAUGAACCUGGCUUCAGGGUGUCGGGAGGUGACUGCUGCCUGCACAUCCCCAUCUUCCUGGAGCCUCGCCUCAGAAGAAAAGGGUGCUUGGACUUUCCUUACACACACGUGCUUUGUGUAAAUAAAUGUUUACAGUUUUAUAUUGAAGAUGGAAUAAACGUUAGAGCUGCCAACUGUAUAUUUUUUACUUUUAUAGAUUUUAAAACUAUGAUCCUUUAUAUAUCUGUUUUUGGGGAGCUAUAAGUUUUAUGGCAAACAAUUAGUAUUGUUAAGUUUUUAUGGUCAUCAGAAGUGCAUAAAAGUCCUAUUAAUCCCUUUAUUCCACUUCCCUUAACUCUGGUAUACACCAAAAAGAAGCCUUUUACUUUCCUUGUUUCAUCAUUAUAAAAAUAAUAAAAGUAUUUUGCUAGUACGGAAA